GUGGCGUCAACACCUGUGAAAUGUUUUGUUGAUAAACAAUUAUUUCUGCUUAUGCGACAUAUUUGAUAAAAUAUAAAUUAUUGAUUAAAAUGCCCCGAAAUCUUUGGGGCGAGUUUAAGGAAGAUGAAAAGACGCAACAGAAUGAGUUGACCAAAAUGGUCCCCGUAAGUGCAAAAAGGCUGAAAUUAUCCGAAGUUCAAAAUCAACUACCGGCCGAAGUGAGCAAAAAUGUAACAGUUAAAGUGAAAAAUCCUUUGGUUACACAGACUAUAGAGGUGAUGAAGCAAACCGAGAUGUUACAAUCUCUGAUUGACACCUAUUCCAAUAAAUCCGGUACUUCAAACUAUCUAUUGAAUCCAUGUCAAAUGAUACCAGAGGUUAAUUUCCCACCCGAGAAUGUGGCCAAUUUUGUGACAGAUGAUAAAUUUACUAAACCUAUAUGGUUUGUUCCACCACAAGAUACCAACUUCGCCAAAGGUGUACCCCAACAUUAUCCUCAAAUAACUUCAGAUAUAUGUAGAGCAUCUUUGCGUAAAGCAGUAUGUGGUCAAAUGCGAGUGGCUGGCUUUACAGAUACCGCAGAAUCUGCUCUCAUACUGUUUGCCGAUGCUUGUGAGGAAUUUAUAUUGAAUCUAAUGCAAACUAUUCGAGAAGUCCAUGCAAAUGAUCAAAAAUUGGAAACACAACGUGACAUUGAAGUUAAAAAUCUAGAGAAGGCUUAUUAUUCUAUGACCAAUAAUUCCUUGACUCAAGUCCACAAUUAUUUCAAGCAUCAUUUGAUAGCAAAGAAUCGCUUGGAAAUAGCAGAAUUUAAUGGUGUAUUCCAGGAAUACGAUAAACUGAUGAAAGAAAGUCAAAGUAUGCAAAAAGAAGAAUUUCAAGAGGGCGAUUUUAUGAAUAUUUUUGAAAUGCCAUCAACAUCGGACGGCAAUAAUUUAGCUAUGCAAGAUUUUUCAAACACCACAACAGGAAAUAUAUCCAACAACGUUAAUAUAGUCAAUCAGAAUACGCUGAUAAACCUUUUAGAUGGCCAAAAUCAAAUAACAAUCCAGCAACAACCACAAGAUGGAGGGACACAAACAACUGUUGAUCUGCAGACAUACACCACCGAUAUAAAUACACAUUUUCAACCACAAGAAUAAAAUUUCCAGUGAAAUAUGAAAAAAGGAGUUUUACUAAAUAUAAACAUCCAUGGAAAAUGACGACAA